CUUGUUGUCAACUUUCGAAUAAUAAUACUUUCGAGUAUUAUUAUUUCAGAAAUCUAAAAUUCGUAAAAAAAUCAAUUUUUUAAAAACCUCCCAAUAGUUAAAAACCUUCUCCCCUUUUCUUCUUGUUCCUUUUGAGAAAAGGGGAAAUAAAAAUAAAAUAAAAUAAAAUAAAAUAAAAAAAAGCAAAAAGAAACAUGCGGGCAUCUCUGGAUUUUUCAUUAUUCCAUGCAUAGCCGCCGCCGUGAGAUUUUCCGGCGGCGGUGGCGGUGGAGGAACAAUUUUUUUUUUAAUUUUUAAUUUUUAAUUUCUGCAAAUUUUUUUUUUGAGUGAAUUGAAGUGAUGGGUUCGGGCCCGAUUGUGUCCUCCGGCGGCGGUGGAGGGUGGUCCAGGUGGUUUCACGACAGUAACGGCGGCGGCAAGAGUAGCAACGGCGGCGCUGCUAGGAACGGGAAUCAUAAUAAUAAUAAUAAUAACAACGAGGCCUGUGUUUUUUCGUCAACCCUUGCGUAUUUCUUGUUGUCGUUAGCCGUUUUGGGUUCGAUCGGGAUAUUGUACGCCAGGUUCAUGAUCACCGCUAACGUGCGCACGGGGAUCACGGCGGUGGGAUGUCAACAAGACAAUGAGGGCUCGUGGGCAAUUGGCAUUUUCUACGGCGACUCCCCCUUUUCUCUCAAACCCAUUGAAGAUAUAAAUGUAUGGAAGAACAAGAGUGCAGCAUGGCCCGUAGCCAAUCCGAUUAUCACUUGCGCCUCACUUUCCGAUGCUGGAUCCCCGAGUAAUUUUGUCGCCGACCCUUUUCUUUAUGUUCAGGGUGACAUCCUGUACGUUUUCUACGAAACGAAAAACUCAAUUACAAUGCAAGGAGACAUUGGAGUUUCAAGAAGUUUAGACAAGGGCGCCACCUGGCAGCAACUCGGUAUCGCCCUCGACGAAGAUUGGCAUCUCUCCUACCCGUACGUCUUCGAGUACAACGGAAAUAUAUAUAUGAUGCCCGAGGGCAGCACAAAAGGGGACCUUCGCCUAUAUCGAUCAACCGACUUCCCAUUAAAAUGGACACUGGAAAAAGUAAUCAUGAAAAAGCCGUUAGUCGAUUCCUUUAUGAUUCCUCACAAAGGAAAAUUCUAUCUUUUCGGCUCUGAUCACAGCGGAUUUGGCACCAAGAAAAACGGACACCUGUCAAUAUGGCACAGUGUAUCACCUCUCGGUCCAUGGAAACCCCACAAGAAGAACCCCGUACACAACACACACAAGAGCGUGGGGGCUCGAAACGGAGGUAGACCCUUCGUACACAACGGUAAUCUCUACCGUAUCGGCCAAGACUGCGGCGAUACAUACGGGCGUAGAAUACGCGUAUUCAAGAUAUCAGUUUUAACGACCGAAGAUUUUGAAGAAAUUGAGGUUCCGUCCAACAUCGAGGAAUCGUUGAAGGGAAGAAACGCUUGGAACGGGGCCCGCCACCACCACCUCGACGUGCAGCGGCUCAGCUCCGGCGAGUGGGUGGCGGUGAUCGACGGCGACCGGGUCCCGUCUGGGGAUUCUGUCCGCCGCUCCGUUUUUGGAUUCGGUGCGGUUAUUGCGGUUGGUGCUUUGGUUGUACUUGUUGGCAUGGUGGUCGGUGCGGUGAAGUGUUUGGUGCCGUUGAGUUGGUGCCCUCAUAGUAUGGGGAAGAGGAGCGACUCUUUCUUGGCUUGGGAGAGGCCGAGUUUGUUGUCUUCGAAGAUUCGGCUUUUAUGUAGUCGUUUGAAUCGUGCGAGCUCGAUUGUCCAUGCGAGGGUGCGGCCGAACACUUGCACGGGUGUUCUUUUCCUUGUUUUGGCGGUCGUGGCAGCGGCAGCACUAACGUGCACCGGGGUGAAGUAUCUGUACGGCAGGAGCGGUGCGGAGGAGCCCUACCCGUUGGACGGAAGCUACUCGCAAUUCACAAUGUUGACGAUGACUUUCGACGCUCGUUUGUGGAACUUGAAGAUGUACGUGAAACACUACUCGAGGUGUGCGUCUGUGCGCGAGAUAGUGGUCGUGUGGAACAAAGGCACGCCUCCACUGCAGAGCGAUUUCGACUCUGCAGUGCCGGUGAGGAUCCGGGUGGAGGAGAAGAACUCGUUGAACAACCGGUUCAAAGCGGACCCCGCCAUAAAGACGCGGGGGGUCCUCGAGCUCGACGAUGACAUCAUGAUGACGUGCGAUGAUGUCGAACGGGGAUUUAGGGUUUGGCGGGAGCGGCCGGACCGGAUCGUUGGGUUUUACCCCCGUUUUGUUGGCGGCGGGGGGCGGUUGAGGUACAGGGGGGAGAAGUAUGCGCGGGGGCAUAAUGGGUAUAAUAUGAUUUUAACGGGGGCGGCUUUUAUUGAUGGUGGUGCCGCCUUCGAGCGGUAUUGGAGCGAGGAAGCUAGGGCCGGUAGGGCGUUGGUGGAUGGGUUUUUUAAUUGUGAGGAUGUGUUGAUGAAUUACUUGUAUGCGAAUGGGAGUUCUUCGAGCGUGGUGGAGUACGUGAGACCGACGUGGGCGGUCGACACUUCGAAAUUCUCGGGGGUUGCGAUAAGUAGGAAUACGCAGGCGCAUUACGGUGUGAGGAGCAAUUGCUUGAAGAAAUUCUCAGAUAUGUAUGGGAGUUUAGGUGAUAGGAAGUUGGAGUUUAAUAGAAGGAAAGAUGGGUGGGAUGUAUAAUAUUUUGUUGUCUUGCUUAGAAAAUAUUUGGUUUGCAUUUUAAUGGGAAAAAAGAAAUAGUGAAUAUGGUUUUGUUGACUUGUUAUCUGUAGUGUAAUUUUGUUGUGUAUGUAGUUUGGAGAUUGUUAA